CUAGUCUAUCUUAUACUUAAUUCCUGCCUUAGCGAGCCCUAUGGCCCGACGGGGGUACCGUUUACUAUCCCUAAGUUCUAGGAACCCUACUCUACUACGGAGGAGCCUCGCUGGUAAUGCUGCGACCGGUGAUACCGCCUUCCGCUUUACUACUCUACCUCCUUGCACAUCGAUAUUGUCUUCCAUGGUGGGUUGGUCCGUGCACUCGCUUCGCGCGGUGGGCGCGGGCGCGCAAAUUCUUUGAUAUUGGUAGGAAUCGAAUGCCACCAACGCACUCUAUAAGAAUCACUGGACGAGCAACCACCUACGAAAAGGUGGUCGAAGACGUUGGUGGUUAGAGGAGGUGACGUUGGCCUAUACGUAUACGGAUACGAGUGCGACCGCGCGCGAACAUUUGAGUCUGGUCAUGCGAAGUUUUGAGACUGG